AUGGUGGGGAAUGCUGUUGGCAAGCGGGUGAGGACGGGCUGCAUGACAUGUCGGGGCAGACGACGAAAGUGUGACGAACAGAGACCUAAAUGCGCCAAUUGUGUUGCAAAAGGCCUCCCUUGCCAGUACGGUGGCAAGUUGACCUUCGUCGCUUCCAAGUACCAGAACCAGCCAGGAGACGCAACAACCAGAGCUCGAGGUUUAGAUCCAGCAACUCCGUCUGGUAACACCAAGGAUGCAUCGCCGUUUUUAGAGUCCAUCGAACUUUCGUUCCACCCAGAUAUCCCCAUUGUGGGCCCUAAUGACUUUUUUCAGCCCGUCAUUGCUGGAAUUGAACUCACCUCCGAAUCUCAGAAACUUAGUGAUCAAAUUUUCAACAUUCCUCAACAGCAGAAGGAGGGAUAUUCUCACCCCUCCCCAUCCGAUACACGAAAUCUCCGCCGUAAGCUCUACGAAUUGGAGCUGCUGACGUACUAUCGCUACGAUGUAGCGCCGGUCCUAGAUCUUGGCCUUGGGAGUUUGUGCUUUGGCAUCGGACUGUUGCUCGAGUCCAAAACAUCUGAAGCAGUAUAUCAUGCUGUUCUUGCUGUUGCUAGUUGUCAACGAGCUGCGAAGAAGUCUAGCUCUACUCAGGUGGACCAAGCUACCAGUAUCACGUCUGCACAUUUGGCUAGGGAUGACUCCAAGACCAGGCAUGGUAGAUUUGUGGCCCCAAGCGACCUGCUCCUUUGGAUGAACGUGUGCUCAUCACCUGUUGAGCAAUGGUCCACUCUGAGCUCUCUAAUUCUAGGUCAUGCAAGGAGCGGCAUCGGGUCUUUGGAGAGGUGGCUAUUAUUAUCGCGACUCCAUUGUGGAACCAAGUUGGUUGCGCUCUCAAGAAGCUCGCAUACUGAGUCGCUUCCCCCCCCUCCUCAGAAUACAGCAGAUGAAAAAUCUCACCCAGCUUUGACACAGCUAGGAGAAAGCCUUUGGUUACUCGAAACUACGUUUUCUUUAUUGCUCUCUGACGUACGGCCAUCCGAGCUGCCCACUGCCCCAACCACUCAGAAUUGGUGUGCUCAAUGGCACAAAGUCCAAAAGUGGUAUUUGACGAGGAAUGAUGAAAUGCGUCAGAUAUUUGAAGUGGCCAACGAAGGCGACCUGCAACCGCAAGAAAAUGCUGAAUUUCCUCAUAUUGUAUUCAGUAAUUCUUGCGCAAUUGUUGCGAAUGUUGCCCACCAUGUGACCUCGCUCCUGCUGCUGCAAAGCAAACCUCGGUUAACAAAACCGGUCACCAGGUCAAUCUCAUCGAGCUCUUCUCUCUGGCAUGUUCACAGAGCGAUUGGCAUUAUUGCAACUGCAACAGGUGGUGGAACCUGGGAUCCAUUCACCACUGCCGCUUUGCUGUACUGCUCCUGGAAACUUAGCAGUAGUAAGCAGAUUCGCUCGGUGGCUAAUACAAUGAAUCAAAUCCAAAGCUCAUCAGGUUUAAAGCUGGAAAACCCGCUUUCUGACCUCGAUAGGCUAGCUAGAAGCAGAUAG